GCCACCGCUCGACCUACCUUGGGGAUUUUAAAGCUGAAAGAAAUGUAAAUCAUUGAGUGUGGUCCUGGUGUUUUGGAGAAUUGAGUCCUGGAAGGGAGGCUGUGUGGACUGCCAGGUAAAACCAUUUGUUCCUGGUGCAUUCAAGGCUUUUCCCCUUCCACUUAAAAUGAAGUCUUGCAGUGGUUGACAGGUGGGUUAAAAAUAUACCCAGUUCAUCUGCAACUGUUCCACCCCAGCAUGCCUGAGCUUCCCCCUCCCACCUCCUGUUUUCCGUUUCACUGGGGCAAGAAGCACAGGCCUGCACUUAGUCCCCAGGCUCACCAGUUCCGGUUAACAGGUGAGCUUGCGUUUUGGGGCUUUAUUUUUCUGGUGGCCUUCAGGAAAGUCAGACAAAGCACCUAGCAUAAGCACCCACCUCAGAACUUGGUGCUAUUUCCUGGUCACAGGGAUUAUAAACUCAGGACAGGUGCCAGAUGGGCGGCUGCGCCCAGCAAGCACUGGCACUGGCUAGCAGGUGCUUGAGAGCUUGUAAAGAAAUUGCUGUGUGGGGAGGGACACAGGGAGGAGAGAUGGCCAGAGGCAUGAUCGGAAGAAUGAACUCACCUUGGACAUGAAGGCGCUGCCACUGAUGACUGGAGAGGUGUGUCCUGAACACUGUGAAGUAAUCAGCUCGUGGGUAACCCAGGCCACAUGGCAAGAACAGGAUUCUUCUUUGUCUCUCUCUGCUUGCAGGGGGUGUGUGCGUGGCCACUGAACCCAAGGAGGACCGCGUCCACUUCCUGGUGCUGACCGAUGUCUGCGGGAAUAGGACCUACGGCGUGGUGGCCCAGUACUACCGGCCCCUGCACGAUGAGUACUGUUUCUACAAUGGCACAACACACUGGGAGCCGUCCUGGCCGGCCGUGGGCGCUGCUGGCUGCUUUGUGCCCUACGCCGUGUGUGUGGUCUCCAGGUUCCCCUAUUACAACUCCCUCAAGGACUGCCUCUCCUGAUCCGUCCAUUCUGCUCGUUUCCUGGAGCUUCGGGUGCCGAGCCGGGCACCCAGCAUUUCCUGAGGGCCUCCCACGUGCCAGCACCCGGGUGGCGGGAACUCGCUGUUGGCAGCCCGUUUCCUGGCAGGCUCAGAAGCCCUCCCUCAGUGAAGGAACUGAACCUCCUCCUCUGGAUUUCCUCCGCCAGGUCCAGCUGUGUCUCAGUAGCCAUUCUGUGAAUACAAAAUUUGAACCAAAGUGUGACUUCAAAGUAUUUCACAUGAAGCCGCUCCAGAUUGUGUUUCCUGCCCGAGCAGACCCCGAAAGCCCCAUCCUGGACCUGGACCUUCACCUGCCCCUGCUGUGCUUCCGGCCUGAGAAGGUGCUGCAGGUCCUGACAUGCUUCCUGACAGAACAGCGGAUCGUCUUCUUCUCCUCGGACUGGGCUCUGCUGACGCUGGUCGCCGAGUGCUUCAUGGCCUACCUGUAUCCGCUGCAGUGGCAGCACCCCUUCGUGCCCAUCCUGUCGGACCAGAUGCUAGAUUUCGUCAUGGCCCCCACGUCCUUCCUCAUGGGCUGCCAUCUCGACCACUUCGAAGAAGUCAGCAAGGAAGCUGACGGUUUAGUUCUGGUAAAUAUUGAUCAUGGGAGCAUCACCUACUCCAAGUCCACGGACGAUAAUGUGGACAUUCCUGAUGUCCCCCUCCUGGCGGCCCAGACGUUUAUUCAGAGGGUGCAGAGCCUCCAGCUCCACCACGAGCUGCAUGCCGCCCACCUCCUCUCCAGCACAGACCUGAACGAGGCCCAAGCCCACCGGCGGGCCUGGCAGCAGAAACUCAACUGCCAGAUACAGCAGACCACCCUGCAGCUGCUUGUGAGCAUCUUCAGAGAUGUAAAGAAUCAUUUAAAUUAUGAACACAGAGUCUUUAAUAGUGAAGAAUUUCUCAAAACCAGGGCUGCAGGGGACCAUCAGUUUUAUAAGCAGGUCUUAGACACCUACAUGUUCCAUUCUUUCCUUAAAGCCCGGCUCAAUAGGAGGAUGGACGCCUUUGCUCAGAUGGACCUCGACACCCAGUCGGAGGAGGACAGAAUAAAUGGAACGCUUGUAAGUCCAAGGAGACCGACUGUUGAGAAAAUAGCGUCUCGGAAGUCCUCGCACCUGCAGGUCACCCACAGGCGCAUGGUGGUCAGCAUGCCCAACCUGCAGGACAUCGCCAUGCCUGAGCUGGCACCCAGGAACUCCUCGCUCCGGCUGACGGACACCGCAGGCUGUACGGGCAGCAGCGCAGUUCUGAAUGUGACGCCGAAGUCCCCAUAUACAUUCAAGAUUCCCGAAAUCCACUUUCCGCUGGUGAGCGAGUGCGUGCAGACGUACUAUGCUGACUUUGUCACCCUGCUGAGCAAGGCCAUGGACUUUCUGACCCCUGAUAACUCUCUGCUCCUGGCCCGCUAUUUCUACCUCCGAGGGCUCGUUCAUCUGAUGCAAGGACAGCUGCUGAGCGCCCUCUUGGACUUCCAGAAUCUGUAUAAAACAGACAUACGGAUCUUUCCCGCUGAUUUGGUGAAGAGGACGGUGGAAUCCAUGUCUGCCCCCGAGCGGGCGCAGGCGGAGCGGGCGCCGGAGCUGAUGCGGCUCAUCAGCGAGAUCCUGGACAAGCCGCACGAGGCCUCGAAGCUGGACGACCACGUGAAGAACUUCGAGCUGCCCAAGGAGUACAUGCAGCUGGACGACUUCAUGAAGCGGGUCCAGGAGUCAGGGAUCGUGAAGGACGCCAGCACCAUCCAGCGGCUGUUCGAGGCCUUGACUGUAGGACAGCAGAAACAAAUCGACCCAGAAACAUUCAAAGAUUUCUACAACUGCUGGAAGGAGACAGAAGCAGAAGCCCAGGAGGUCAGUCUGCCGUGGCUGGUGAUGGAACACCUGGAUAAAAACGAGUGUGUGUAUAAGUUGUCCAGCUCCGUCAGGACGAACCUAGGCGUUGGCAAGAUCGCCAUGACCCAGAAGCGUCUGUUCCUCCUAACCGAAGGAAGGCCAGGCUACGUGGAGAUUUCCACCUUCAGAAAUAUAGAGGAGGUGAGGAGCGCCUCUACUGCAUUUCUACUUAGGAGAAUACCCGCUCUAAAAAUCAAAGUGGCGUCCAAGAAAGAAGUCUUCGAAGCCAACCUGAAAACUGAGUGUGACCUUUGGCACCUGAUGGUGAAGGAGAUGUGGGCUGGGAAGAAGCUGGCCGAUGACCACAAGGACCCUCAGUACGUCCAGCAGGCGCUGACCCACGUCUUGCUGAUGGACGCCGUCGUGGGCACGCUGCAGUCACCAGGCGCCAUCUACGCUGCCUCCAAGUUAUCCUACUUCGAUAAGAUGAGGAAAGAAGUGCCCAUGGGACUUCCGAAGACAACCGUGGAAACACUGAAGCAUAAAAUCAACCCCUCGGCAGGGGAGAUGUUCCCACAAGCGGUGGACGCGCUGCUCUACACUCCGGGGCAUCUUGACCCAGCCGAAAAAGUUGAAGAUGCUCACCCCAAGUUAUGGUGUGCUCUGAGCGAUGGCAAGGUGACUGUGUUCGAUGCUUCUUCCUGGACCAUCCACCAGCACUCCUUUAAAGUGGGCACUGCAAAAGUGAACUGCAUGGUGAUGGCCGACCAGAACCAGGUGUGGGUUGGCUCAGAAGACUCCGUCAUCUACAUCAUCAACGUCCACAGCAUGUCCUGCAACAAGCAGCUCACAGACCACUGCUCCAGUGUCACGGACUUGAUUGUGCAGGACGGACAGAGGGUACCCAGGUGCAGCGAGGUGUACUCAUGCAGCAUGGACGGCACGGUGCUGGCGUGGAAUGUGAGCACACUGCAGGUGACCGGCCGCUUCCAGCUGUCGAGCGGCGGCCUCACGUCCAUCAGACUGCACGGCGGCCGCCUGUGGUGCUGCACAGGUAACAGCAUCAUGGUCAUGACAACGAAUGGAUUCCUCUGUCAAGAAUUGAAGAUUGAAGAGCACUUCAAAGACAUCAGUACCUCCUUCCUGGCCUUCCAGCUCCUUCCCGAGCAGGAGCAGCUGUGGGCGGCCUGUGCAGGACGCAGCGAGGUUUACAUCUGGAGCCUGAAGGACCUGGCCCAGCUCCCGCAGAGGGUGCCCCUCAAGGACUGCUCUGAGAUCAUCUGCAUGAUCCGGGUGAAGAAGCAGGUCUGGGUGGGCAGCCGAGGGCUGUGGCAGGGAACACCCAGGGGGAAAAUCUACGUGAUUGAUGCGGAGAGGAAGACCGUGGAGAAGGAGCUGGUGGCGCACACGGACACCGUGAGGACACUCUGCUCGGCCGAGGACAGAUACGUGCUGAGUGGGUCGGGCAGGGAGGAGGGGAAGAUCGCCAUUUGGAAAGGGGAGUAAACAUGGCUGAGCCUGCCGAGUGGAACCGUGCCCUAUGUGUGGGGACAGGCUGCCCCCUAGAGCCCGCCAGGAUCAGAAGCCCAGAGGAGUGGCGGGACAGGGCAGCCCAGGCUCGGCGUGGAGCCCGCUUACCGUGUGGCCAGCCGCAAGACCCAUGGCCACGCACCUUCUCUCAGGCCUUCGGGCACCCCGGUUAGACUGCACCAAGGGUGUUUCCUGUUGGGGUGUGUCUCAGGCGGGCAGCUGCAUCUUGUUUGUGAUAACCUCUGCUGGGAGGUUACUUUGUGUGUUGCCUAGAAAGUUCUGGAAUCCACAACCAGGGGCUGGCACUGAAGCCAGCAGCUUGGCCGAGUCACAGGUGACCCGUGGCCCUCACGUCUCUGGUUUUACCUUUCUUUACUUCAUUCAUUCACUCACCCAGUCCUUAUGAGUCACCGAGGAACACUGGGCUGGGCACAUGACAGUGAGCCGGGGGCCCCGGGACCUCCAGAGAGGCCUGGGAGAAGGGUGGUUCAGGUAACCACUGUGGUCUCUCUCCCAUCAGAGAAGGUGGACAGGGCCUACUCAGAUGGAGGGGACCACCCUGGGACCAGGUGUUUGAGACAGGGGUUGGGCCAGCUGAGGCAAGCUGUCUUUUUUCCUUUUCUUUUUAGUAAAUGUAAAAUUUUUAUAAUAAUCCUAGAGACCUUUUUUCUACCAAAGAUCACAGACCAGAAAAAGUUCCAUCUAAAAUACAAUGCUCAGGAAACUACACGGGAUCAACAGGAAAAUACCAUCAUGUAUGAGCUCGUCUUGCAGUGUGCCGUUCAGUUUCCCGGAACUCGCGUGCGCACUGCACAUGUGUACGUGCAAGAUGCUUUACUGAAAGCAAGAUCUUAGCUGUACAGAAAUAUUUGCAGAAGAGACCCUUCGCACCUUUUUACUGUAAUGUUGAGAUUUCAUUACUUAAAUGUUCUAUGGAAGGUUCUGGUGUGGUGGUUGGAGCUGGAGGGAGCAUCUCAGCACGUGCUGAGGGCGUGGGGCCUGCCCCCUGGGCACCCAUCCAAAAGCUGGGCCAUGGAGCCCUGGCUUCCCAAGACGCAGCCCCAGAGCUGGCUCAUCCUGAGGGUCUCUGGGGGUGUUUGCCAGGCUCCUGGGAUGGGCCACUUUCAGAAACUCUGCAGUGCCUCCAGAUGGAAAGGUGGGCCCGGUCUCUGGUUGGGUCUGCAUUUUGGAGAGUCCACACCAUGGACCAGGUUUUCCCCCAAGGCUCAGCUUUGCGUAGCCACUAACUCCUUGGGGCAGUCUGAGAAUGUGGGCGGAGCAGAACUGUGUGGCCUCAUCCUCCCCCAAGGCUGUGCCUGCAGCGGGAACACCUUUCCACUUUCUAGCUGGGGAGAGGUUGGGUUUUGCUUCUGUAAAUACAUGAAUCCUUAUGAUAAAAGCCUGUCAGAAAUACAUGUAUACAUUAUUUAAUGCCAGUCCUCAUGUAACCUCAGGUAUCUUCAGCUUGUGGAGAAUAAAUUUGGUUUAAUAAACA